CAAAGAUUUCACAAUGGCAGCAUCAGCAACCAAGCAUCGACGGUCUCAGCAUAGCGCUCCGUCGCCUUCCGUUUGCUUCGACUCAGACGAUCUCGAGGCGGACAGUCCAGACAGGCAUGAGAGAGUCACUCCUCCGAUCCACAAGGUCGGCCUUCGUGCAUCCCCACGCCGUUCCUCGCCCAGAAAGCCUGGUCAGCAUCGAAGUCGACGCUCCUAUAGAGGAGCCAGUGACCUUGGGGCGAGCAGCCCUCCUAGAUCGAGGUUUAUGGUUGAGGACUGUGUCGGCACCUAUAGUAGCAAACCUACAUGCAUGCCUCGAGGGUUCUACUACGAAGGAGCUCUAGGCCAGGGAUCGUAUGGUUGUGUGGUAGCAGCCAGACGGUCUUCGGAUGGCUCGCCAGUGGCCCUGAAGAUAUUCUCAAAUACCUCUCACGUCAUUCCGCCGAGUACAAGCGACCCUGACUGGUCCACUCUGAGGGAGCUGAGAGUUCUCCGCCUCUUGCCUCAGUGUGACCUUAUUGUAUCACCUUUUGAGGUGGUACGAUGUGGUCCCGGCGACCGUACAUUGUGCCUCGUCUCGGAGAUGAUGGGGGAGUCUCUGGAGUCGUACACCUACUACGUCUACAAUGAAUGCUACUCCCCUCACUCUGCAGCAACAGCAGCCUCCUCUCCCAGUGGCAAUGGCGAUUAUGGGACGAUCGGGAGCCCCUCCCUCCUGAGUGCCUUCAACCACUGCGCGGUCCGAUGGAUAGCUCAGCUCCUCUGCGCCUUACAGUUCCUCCACGACUGUGGAGUGGGCCAUCGUGAUGUGAAAUGUGCCAAUAUACUUCUACCCAUAGGAGCUGCUGGAACGAUAGAGAGAGCAAGCUCAGUGAAACGGCUACGAGUGCCUAUGGUCAAGUUAUGCGACUUCGGGUUGGCUCGGCCAUACGUACGUCAGAAAAGCAAAGUCCGGACCCCCAACGGGAGACGGCGGGACACAGCGCCUGAGAGACUCCACAGGGCAUCGGACUAUGGCGGGUACACACAGCAUGUGGGGACUCCGGUGUGUUUGGCACCGGAGGUCCUGUGCUGGUCGAAGUACUAUAGUUUGGCUGAAGCUGAUUUGUGGAGUCUAGCUGCUGACGUCAUAGCACGGCUCGUAUCGGGGCCUUGGACCAGCGGCCUUUUUGCGGAAGACUACGGUGGUAUCGACUAUAUCGAGGGGAGUAAUGUAGACAAUCUUCACGAUCAAGAUGGGUGGAUACUGCGCCGUAUAGCCUCUAUCAUAGGCAGACCCACUGAUAGAGAGCUCAAGGCAGUUUGCAGGAACGUAGCCUAUCGCCGGGUGCUUGAAAGCCAGUACUUUGCGGACCUUCCGGAACCCUCAGCGGAUGAGCCCGAUUCGGGAUUACGAGAGUUGUAUGAGUCUAGCUGUCCUGCUGGUUACAGUCUACUACGUAGCAUACUGCGAUGGGACCCAGCAGAUCGAGCCACGCUACAGGACGCGAUGGCUAGUGAGUACUUCUAUGCGAUGGGAGAGGACGAAUGGCCUGCUUGUGAUUGGAGAGCUGAGAAACUACAGGACUCGCAGGAGUUUGAUUAUGAAACAGGCGAGUGUUGGGAUAGUCUAGCUCUGGAAUCGGAGAUGGCGUGGGAGGUGGAAGCAUGGCAACGCACGGCGGCGAAUUGCCAGAUAAAUCCUCGCGGGCGAACUCGAAAGAGUUAUUGAGCAAACCAGCGAAGCGGUGGUGCUCGUGAAACGUUAUGAUUUCGAAGCUCAAGUGCGGGUUUAAGGUGUAUCUGGGAAAACUGCUCUUACCAGUGUUGGUGGUAAGUGUCUUUCACUCGGUAUCAUGGCUCUUUUUCCAGGAGGAGCGAUCAUCAUUAUUAUACAGUACUCGAUACCAUUGCAGUCAUACAAAUGACGCCUCAUAUUUUCUUAAUUUUUUCAACAUUUCGAUCUGCUUCUCAAUUCAGUAUGCAUUAUUAUUAUCAUUCUCAUAUCGAACGCAGAACAAGUCACCAACACCGCCACCAUCGGAUCAUCGCUAUUGAGUGUUGCAGUACAUUAACACAUUCGAUCGAUGCGUUAU